AUGCCGCCCUCGAAACCGAAAGAGAGCAAUGACCCACGGAAUUCGUCCGCAAGGGACCUGUUCCGCAUCCUGACGCGAGGCACCAAUAUCAAAUCCUCAGCCUUUGAGCGUCUCAGUGCCAAACUCCCGUCCGCUGGGACCGCCGCCAACCCGCAGCUCUUCCACGACGAGACACGCGGACAGAAGAGGAAACGUACAGUCAAUAAGGGUGGCGAAUCCGACGAAAAUGGCAAGUACGACUCCGAGCCGCUCCCCGUCGUCGACUUCUUCGCCUCCAAGCCCGAAGUUGGCGCGGCAGCAGCACAGACGACGACCUACGACGACGAUGACGACGACGACGAGGCAGAAGACGACGAUGGAAGCGACAAGCCCGCUGCGGAUACUCCCCUGCACACUCAACAAUUGACCAAGGAGGAGUGCCUCCAGGUCCUCAAGUCGCACCGCAUAAAGGUGACGCUCAUGUGGAGGCAGCAGGAGGAACGGGUGCGCGCCAAAAAGUCCAAGAAGAAGGCCAAGAAGGAGCAGGACGAGGACGAGGGGGCCGCUGCCAAGAAGGAUGGGAAGAAGCCCCUGUUCCCGCAGCCGCUCGAAUCCUUCUCCCAGCUGCGCAGCAUCUACGGCAUCUCGAACCAGCUGGCCUGCAACCUCGACGAGCAGGCUUACCGCGAGCCCACCGAAGUGCAGCUGGGCAGUCUGCCCCUGCUGCUGCGGCCGGACCAGGCCCUGCACGGGGAGACGGGCGUGGGAGACGGCGUCGAUUUUCUGGCCGUGGCGCCCACGGGAAGCGGAAAGACCGUCAGCUUCCUCGUCACGGUCAUCAACUCGAUCCAGUCGCGCCGCCGUCGCGAGGGCUUGCAGGAGAGCGUCCACCACGAGCUCGAGGCCGUCAUCGUCGCGCCCACCCGAGAACUCGUCCACCAGAUCCUUCUUGAGGCGAACAAAUUGACGAAGGGUACGGGACUCCACGUUGCCGUCAUGAAGAAGGGCAUGGAUCCGGCCUCGCAGGGUCGCGCAGACAACGAGGAAGAAGCCCAGGCCGACUCAGACGACGACGAUAUACCCAAGACCAUGUCUGCUCCUGCAGUGGACAUACUGGUCACGACGCCUGUGCGGCUGUUUAAGUACUUGACGGAACAGGGAGGGCCGUCGGAAGCGGAGGAGGAAGAGGGCUCUACCACGGCCGUCACGAAGGCGCUCCCUACGGUGCGCGAGCUCGUCCUGGACGAGGCCGACGUGGUGCUGGACCCCCUGUUCCGGACGCAGACGCUGGGCGUGUGGACGGCGUGUACGAACCCGGCGCUGCGCGCCUCGUUCUGGUCAGCCACGAUGGGGUCCAGCAUUGAGGGCCUGGUGACGGAGCACGUCAGGGCGCGGGCGUCGUCGACGACAGGCAUGGCGCAGCCCCGGCCGCUGGUUCGGCUGGUGGUAGGGCUCAAGGACGCGGCGGUGCCCAACAUUACGCACAAGCUCAUCUUCACGGGCAGCGAGCAGGGCAAGCCGUACGCGCUGCGGCAGCUGUUCCGCCCCACGUCCAAGGACGACUUCCGCAUCCGCCUCCCGUUCCUGGUCUUCACCGAGACCGUCGACCGCGCCGUGGCCCUACAUGACGAGGUGCGCUACGAUAUACCGGCGUCGGCAGGCGGGUCGUCGCGCAUCGCCUCGCUGCACAGCGGCCUGAGCGACUCGGCGCGCGCCGCCGUCGUCCGCAAGUUCCGCGCCGGCGACAUCUGGCUCCUCAUCACCACCGACAUCGUCGCCCGCGGCCUUGACUUCCGCGGCCUCAACGGCGUCGUCAACUACGACGUCCCCUCCUCGGCCGCGGCCUACGUCCACAGGGCCGGCCGCACCGGACGCGCCGGCCGCCAGGGCGGCGUCGCCGUCACCCUCUGGACCCAGGCCGACGUUCCCAUCCUCAAGACCAUCGCCAACGUCAUCGUCGCGAGCGAACGGCAGGCCGGCAAGACCGACCCCGCCGACUCCGCCGUGCCCAGCUGGCUCCUCGACAGGCUGCCCGACGUCUCGAAGGGGGACAAGAAGAAGCUCAAGAGGGGCGGGAGGAACAAGAGCUCCAAGAUCACCACCACCUCCGGAUACGAGAGGCAGAAGGAGAAUAACAGGCUGGGCGCCAUCGAGGCCAGCAAGAGGCGCAAGAAGACCCAGCAGGGGGACGGCCAUGCCGAUGAUGAGUGGAAUGGGCUUGACGACUGA